GCCGGAGCCGAGCCGAGCAGGUCGCUGGGCCGAUGGCGGCGCUCGCUGCGGCGGCGGCUGCUGCACGGGGCGGCCGGGGGCCGCGCUGAGCGCUCGGGGCCGGCGGCCGGGCGGGGCGAGCAGCGGACCGCGGUCUUGUCUACCCUGCAAACUGUAAAGGCACCUGGAAGACUAGUGGUUACACAAAUCACAGUUGAAAGCUGAGGAAUUGAAAGAAAAUAACUUUUAUUCUGACUGUUUAAAACGGCUUUUGUUAAUGUCCGUUUAACUGCGGCAACAAAGAGGACAGCUGUUUGAGAUUCAACACUCCACUCCUUGAAAAAGGGUAGAGAGUUUAAAAUCCACAUUGGACACCUCCCACACUCCCUAGCAAAGGCAGGGGAAACCAGACUUUACAUUCCUGAUAUCUCAAAGCGAAGCAGUCAAACUACCAUGUCUGGAAUCAAGAGAGUGAUUGAGGAGAAGGACCCGGACUAUGAGGAGAUUUCAGUCACACAUCCAAAUAAACGUCACAAAGCAGCAGAGCAGUCAGCUCGAGAUGCUGCUGUACAGAAGAUUGAGACAAUUAUUAAAGAGCAGUUUGCUGUUGAAAUGAAGAAUAAGGAACAUGAGAUUGAAGUCAUAGAUCAGCGCCUUCUUGAGGCAAGGAGGAUGAUGGAUAAGCUUCGUGCCUGCAUUGUGGCUAACUAUUAUGCUUCUGCUGGUCUCCUUAAAGUUGGAGAGGGAGCCAAGACAUGCGACUCUAUGGUUUUUAAUCAUCCUUCAAUCAAGAAGUUCUUGGAAUCGCCUUCCAGAUCCUCAUCUCCUGCUAAUCAUGGAUCAGAAACGCCAUCUGCUAACCAUUCAGAAAGUGACUCAUUAUCUCAGCACAAUGACUUCCUCUUGGAGAAAGACAAUGGCAGUCUGGACAUGGAAGAGCGAUUGGCAAACAACCUGGAUCAGAGACCAAGCAGAAAUACCGGACGGGACACUUCUGGUGUUACAAGCUCUCAUAAAACAGGCCAGCGAAAGGCCGGUCUGUUAAAUGAUGAGACUUCACGGCUCUAUGUGAAGAAAACAAUUGUGGUUGGCAACGUUUCCAAGUAUAUUCCUCCUGACAAGAGAGAGGAGAACGAUCAGUCAACCCAUAAAUGGAUGGUGUAUGUACGAGGCUCUCGGAGAGAACCCAGUAUAAAUCAUUUUGUCAAGAAAGUCUGGUUCUUCCUUCAUCCCAGUUACAAACCUAACGACCUGGUGGAAGUCAGAGAGCCUCCAUUUCAUUUAACCAGACGAGGCUGGGGAGAAUUUCCAGUGAGGGUUCAGAUUCACUUUAAGGACAGCCAGAACAAAAGGAUCGAUAUCAUACACAAUCUGAAGUUGGACAGAACCUAUACUGGCUUGCAGACACUUGGUGCAGAAACGGUAGUGGAUGUUGAGCUACAUCGGCAUUCUCUUGGCGAGGGUUAUCUCUUUUCCCAGUCUUCUGAAUCUGACCUUUCUGAUGUCCCCACGUCUUUACCAUUACCACUAAGUAUACCAGCGCCAGUGAAAGCUUCUUCACCAAUUAAACAGUUACUUGAGUCCAUUCCAGAUGCUUCUGUGGAAAAAGGAUUCCCUGUGAAUGCUGAAACUGAAAGACAUACCACUUUUUAUUCCCUGCCAUCUUCAAUAGAACGGACUCCCACCAAAUUGGCGACACAGAAAGUAACCUUUGGCUCUCAUGGAAAUUCAGCUUUUCAGCCAAUUGCAGCUAGUUGCAAAAUAGUACCUCAGGGUCAGAUCCCGAGCCCCGCAGAAUCUCCAGGAAAAUCCUUCCAGCCCAUCACCAUGAGCUGCAAGAUUGUAUCAGGUUCUCCAAUAUCAACCCCAAGCCCAUCUCCGCUACCUCGUACCCCAACCUCCACUCCAGUACACAUGAAGUUGGGGUCUGCUAGUUCAGUCAUUAAUAACCCGUAUGUUAUUGUGGACAAGCCGGCACAGAUGGUCGGAGCAGCAGCCACAAGCACAGGAAGCCCAACAAGCAAACUGACAAGUGUCUCUCAAGCCUCUCAUGGAGCCGGCUCUCCAGUCUCAAAGAUCCAUGGAAGCAGCUUGGUAACAUCCGCUGUCAAGCAAGAGGAUUCUCUAUUUGCAACCAUGCCACCCCUUUGUCCAAUUGGGAGUCAUUCUAAGGCACAAAGCCCUAAAUCUGUGACAGGUGGACUUGGAGCUUUUACAAAGGUGAUAAUAAAGCAGGAGCCUGGAGAGCUGCCCCAGCAACCACAGCUGCCGGUGACUGGAACAACCUCACAGGCCUCUGGGCAGCAGUAUGUCACUGUGAAGGGGAGUCACAUGAUAGCUUUGUCACCUCAGAAGCAGAUUGUGAGCACAGGAGAGGGGACCACCCAAUCAAAGGUUGUUGGGGUUCCUGUCAGUUCUACUUUACAGUCAACAGUGAAACAAGCUGUGGCUAUCAGUGGUGGUCAGAUACUUGUGGCAAAAUCCAGCUCUUCAGUAGCAAAAGCUGUUGGUCCAAAGCAGGUUGUAACCCAAGGAGUAGCAAAAGCCAUUGUGAGUGGAGGUGGUGGAACAAUUGUUGCCCAACCUGUGCAAACUUUAACGAAGGCUCAGAUGACUUCAGCGGGGGUUCAGAAAAGUGGAUCUCAAGGUUCAGUGAUGGCUACGCUGCAGUUGCCAGCCACAAACCUGGCAAACUUGGCAAAUUUACCACCUGGCACCAAACUGUACCUUACCACCAACAGCAAGAACCCUUCAGGAAAAGGAAAACUGCUUCUGAUACCCCAAGGAGCCAUACUGCGAGCCACAAACAAUGCUAGUCUCCAGUCAGGCUCUUCUACAAGUGCAGGAGGAGGUGGAGGAGGAGCAGCAGCGGCAGCAGCCACUGCCCAAAGCACAAGUAGUGGCUUAUCCCAGCAUCUCACCUACACGUCCUACAUCCUCAAACAAACACCACAGGGCACAUUUUUAGUUGGUCAGCCAUCUCCUCAGCAUUCUGGAAAGCAGUUGACACCAGCGUCAGUUGUUCAGGGCAGUGUAGGAGUCGGAGCAUCUUCCACUCAAGGACAGCAGGCAUUAAAAGUAAUAACUGGACAGAAGACUGCUUUAUUUGCCCAGGCGGCUCCUGGUGGACAAACGUCGCUGAUGAAAAUAUCAGAUGGUUCAUUGAAAUCGGUGCCAGCUUCCUCACAGCUCUCCAAACCCGGCACCACCGUGCUGAGAGUUUCGGGAGGGGUGAUCACUGCGGCCACGACCCCAGCCAUGUCCCUCCCUGCAAAUGGAGUUUCACAGCAAGUGGAUGGUGCAGGUUCCAGUUCAUCUUCCACUGUGGGUCCUGUGGCAAAGACAUCAGGACAGCAACACCAAAUUUGUAUAAACCAGGGGCAGUCUGGUUCGUCAGUAGCUAAUAAAACUGCUACUUCUACUGUUGUUAGUGUUGCUUCCUUGAUGACUACACCAACCCCUGUUUCUGGCAAAGCUGGUGUAUCAGGAUUGUUAAAGAUCCACUCAAACCAGUCUAGUAGUCCCCAGCAGGCUGUGCUGACAGUACCUAGCCAGAUCAAACAGCUCAGCGUAAAUACAGCACCUGGAGGUGUUCAGACUAUACUGAUGCCUGUGAACAAAGUGAUACAGUCACUGUCUACCAGCAAAGUGUCUGCUGCGACUGCUGUAACUUCAGCCAGUACGGUUGUACCCAUCUCCUCCACAGCAUCUGUCACUAAAGUUAAGAUGGAGCCUGAUUCAGCGGGACAGAACUGCAACUCUCUGGUCUCCCAAGAUGGUCAAGCAGCAGUAAAAACAGAAGAGAGCUCAGAACUUGGAAAUUAUGUUAUCAACAUAGAACAUUUGGAGAAUGUCCAGCAACUUUUAACAGCGAUAGUGAAGAAAGUUCCAUUAAUUGCUGAGAAAAGUGAAGAUGUCAGUUCUUUCCGUGCCAGUUCAGUGGAACAGUACUACAGCUGGAAUAUUGGAAAACGAAGGGCAGCUGAGUGGCAACGAGCAAUGACUGUGAGAAAAAUCCUACAAGAAAUCAUAGAGAAGCAUCCCAGAUUUCACAACAUCAGCCCCCUGAAAACCAAGCAUGUGGUGCAUUGGUGUCGAUGCCACGGCUACACUCCGCCCGACCCUGAAGCCCUAAGGAACGAGGAAGAUUCAAUAGAAGAUGUCCUGACUCAAAUAGACAGCGAGCCAGAAUGCCCAUCUUCUUACACCAGUGGUGAAGAACUCUGCCGAAAACUGGAGGAGCUGCAGCGGUUUCUGAAACAAGAACCAGAGAAUGAUGAGGAAGUGGAUAUCCUCAGCUUUACUGAGCCACUGAAAAUAAACAUUAAAAAGGAACAGGAAGAGAAACAAGAGGAGAUGAAAUUCUACUUGGCCUCCCUGCCUGCAUCAGAAUUUGUGAGGGACAUGGCACAGAAGAUAGGGAUUUCUUUUCAGCCUGUUGAGCUGCACAAGAACAUUUAUGCAUCAGUAAUAGAAGAUAUGGUUUUAAAGGCCACUGAACAACUUGUGAAUGAUGUCCUAAGACAAGCACUGGCUGUUGGGUACCAGACCGCUCCUCACAACAGGAUUCCAAGAGAGAUCACAGUGAUGAAUAUUCACCAAGCCAUCUGUAAUAUUCCCUUUCUUGAUUUCCUCACAAACAAACAUAUGAGGAUAUUAAAUGAGGAACAGUGAAAUAACCUGAAGACGCUGUAGUAACAAUGGAUUGAAGAGUGAAGUAUUUAAUGACAAUUCCACUGACUCUGUAGGACGCUAUUAUAUACAUUUUAUAAUGUUGGGCUACUAGAUCAUUACCUCCAAUUAAAGAUGCACCUUAAUGCAACAAAAUGAUGCUCUGUUCCAAA